AUGGCGUACUUUGAUAGAAAUGAUCUACAAUUAGUUGUGUUCUUUCCUGUGGACAAAACUGUUCAUGUUAUGGCGAAAAAUCGUGUAGAUUUUAAAAAUGACGAAGAAGGCAGUGUUGUUGUUCUGUGGCAGACAAGCGACAUUGAAGACGAUGGAAAGAUGGUGCUCAAGGAAAUGCCAUACAAUGGAUACAUUGUUUUCUCAGGAAGUCUGCAAAAGUGCCGUGGAUUCAUUAAACAAAUUAAAGAGGAAGUAUUGCCAGAAUGUCAGGAAAAAGAAACCUCAACUUUAGUCGAAAGUAUGCGAAAAUUAUCGGAAGAAAUGAGAAAAAGUGGGAAGAGAGGAUCAAGUCUCAAGCUAAAAAGAGUGCUUGAGGAAGAAAAUGAUGAUGGGAGCAGAAAGAAGACAAAAAAAUCACAAAGAAGUAAACCUGAAACCACCUCUACAGGCUCUACAGCAAAAACAGGUCCCAGCAGAGCAACAAAAUUGAAUGAUUUAAAACUGAAAGAAUUGGAGGCUUUUGCUGGAAUAGCAGUCAACAAAACUCCUGUCAAUUCCCCCCAAAAGAGCCCUGUAAGCGAAACUCCUGCCAAGUCCCCUCAAAGGAAACCGGUCAACAAAACUCCUGUCAAAGCACCAAGAAGAACUCCUGUCAAGUCCCUGCAAAGGAAACCGGUCAACAAAACUCCUGUCAAGUCCCCGCAAAGGAAACCGGUCAACAAAAGUCCUGUCAAGUCCCCGCAAAGGAAACCGGUCAACAAAACUCCUGUCAAGUCCCCGCAAAGGGAACAGGUCAACAAAACUCCUGUCAAGUCCCCGCAAAGGGAACAGGUCAACAAAACUCCUGUCAAGUCCCUGCAAAGGAAACCGGUCAACAAAACUCCUGUCAAGUCCCCGCAAAGGGAACAGGUCAACAAAACUCCUGUCAAGUCCCCGCAAAGGAAACCCGUCAACAAAACUCCUGUCAAAUCCCCUCAAAGGAAACCGGUCAACAAAACUCCUGUAAAGUCCCCGCAAAGGAAACCCUUCAACAAAACUCCUGUCAAGUCCCCGCAAAGGAAACCCGUCAACAAAACUCCUGUCAAAGCACCAAGAAGAACUCCUGUCAAGUCACAAAAGAAAACUCAGUUCAAAUCACCAUCCAAAAAUUUAGAUAUGCCCCCUGCAGUGGAAACAUCUUUCAUAAUAGGGCAGGGAUUGGGAAUCCUCAAUGAAGAUACAAGUAUAAAUUUCGAUGUGGACAAUGGCAUGGAGACUGGAAAUAUGCUUGACCCAUCCUUCCCCGAGUAUGGGUACAAUGCUUCUAAUUCAACACCUUGUUUUCAAACCAGUACAACUCAAGGAAGUUCAAAUUUUAGCAUUCCCUCUGACCCAUCUCCAAUGGACAAUCUCACAGGGUACUACAGAGGUUUGAAUUAUGACCAGCAAUGCCAGAUCCUCUCAUUCCUCAACGUGUUGACAAAUACACUACAGAAUUACACCUAUGGAACUAACUAUGCACCAGUCCUUGAAACACCAGGUCCAUCAUCAGAUCCAUCAAGUUCACAGGAUGCUACCCCCUCAGUGGAAACUCCAACUAUUAAAGAACCUCGUUUGUUGCCACUUAUUCAUGACGAAAACAACACAUUUGGAGAUGUUCUGGUAAACCCGUCACAACUGAGGACAGCCGAAAUGAAGGCUUUAACAACUUCCACUAGCAAAAAUGGUGGAAUUUACCUUCUUAAUAAAGUUGUAGAGAUUGUUUUCAAGAAGGAGGAGUUGAGGACAAGUAAAGGUGUAAAAGGUCUGGACCAACACAAAUUGGAAGCAAUCCAAGAGUACAUGCACACUAAGUGCAGAACUUUGCAGUUAGAGCCCGUGCCACCAAAACUUUUCAAUAAAACGAUCCAGAACAAAAUUGGGAACAUAAGACAUGAGAGUAAAGGAAAAACCAGACUCGUUGGGAAGAAAGAUGCGACUAAAUCCAGUUAG